AUGGCGAGGUACGACAGGGCCGUCACCGUUUUCUCUCCCGACGGCCAGCUGCUUCAAGUGCAGUACGCACAGGAGGCGGUGCGGAAGGGCUCGCCUGUGGUGGGGGUCCGGGGCUCGGACGCGGUGGUGCUGGCCACGGAGAAGAGGACGGUGGGGAGGCUGCAGGAGGAGCGGACGGAGGGGAAGAUAGCGGCGCUGGACGAGCACGUCGCGCUGGCGUACGCCGGAUUGCGGGCCGAUGCCAGGGUGCUGAUCGCCAGGGGCCAAAUAGAAUGCCAGUCGCACCGGCUGAUUGUCGAAGAUCCGGCGUCCGUUGAGCACGUGGCCCGCUACCUAGCCGCCCUGAAGCAAGAGCACACGCAGAGCAACGGACGGAGGCCCUACGGGGUCUCCUGCUUGGUGGGGGGCGUAGAAUACGACGGCACGCCGCGCCUCUUCCAAACGGAGCCCUCCGGCACGUUUUACGAAUGGAAGGCUUGCGCCAUCGGCCGUGGAGAGAAGACCGCACGUGAAUCCCUUGAAAAAGAAUACAGCGCGUCGCUAGUCGAUACCGACACCGGAGCCGUGAGGCUGGCUCUUUCAUCCUUAAUGGAGGUGGUCCAUUCCGGCCAAAGGAACUUGGACGUACUAAUAUUAAAGAAAUUCCAGCCCAUAGUUUCUCUCAAACCAGAAGAGAUCAUCCCAAUCGUCGAAGAAAUUGAGAAAAACAAGGAGAGCAAUAAUAAG